CGUCGCUAAAACGCGACCCGAUCUUCCGGAAGCGUUAGAAGGCCGCGAUAUCCAUCCCGUUCGUCUCGGAUUCCCGCCAAGCGCCUCCUCAGCGCGGAUUUCGCGAAUCAACAACAACAAAUAACAACAAAUAACAUCAAAUAACAACAACAAACAUCAACGACAUCAACGAUCAACGUUCACCAGCAACGUCAACUUGACUUCCUCUCCCCGCGUCUCCCCAUGGACAAGCGACUUUGUGACAUCAAGAAGCGUCAGAAGCUCAGGAGGCAGCUGCUGGCACAGCAGCUGGGAGUGGCGAGCCCUGAGGGUCUGGGGGCGAUGUUGAGGAGCGAAGCUGAGCAGAGAGAAAUUCAACUUCUACGCUGUGCAUACCGAUCACCUUUAGAUGAAUUGUCAUCCAAGCGUAAGCGCGAUGAUGCCCCAUCGCCAGGAUCGUCCACAGCGCCAUCGUCAACAGCGUCUCAAAUCAACAUCACACCGGGCAGCCAAGAGGAUGACAUGCAGGAGAUAUUCAAGCAGGAGGAUUAUAAAGAUUCUAGCACCUUUCUAAAGGGUACCCAGAGUCUGAAUCCCCACAAUGAUUACUGUCAACACUUCGUGGACACCGGCCAGAGACCACAAAACUUUAUUCGUGAUGUUGGUCUGGCCGAUCGCUUCGAGGAAUACCCGAAGCUCCGAGAGUUAAUUCGUCUUAAAGAUGAACUCAUCGCUAAUACUAACUGUCCUCCCAUGUACUUGCAGGCCGAUCUCCCGGCCUUUCCGCUGUCCUCGCUGCAGGCCAAAUUUGACGUGAUCCUCAUUGAGCCCCCUUUGAGUGAAUAUUAUAGAGGUGGUGGUGGAGCCAUCGGAGGUCACGGACUCACCUGGGAGGAGAUCAUGCAGCUGGAUGUGGAGGAGAUAGCUGCACAAAGAUCUUUCAUCUUCCUGUGGUGCGGCUCGUCCGAUGGACUUGACUAUGGCAGACAGUGUCUAUGUAAAUGGGGAUUCCGGCGUUGUGAAGAUAUCUGUUGGAUCAAGACGAACAAACUGAAACCCGGUUCAACACGGACCCUGGACUCUCAAGCAGUGUUCCAGAGAACUAAGGAGCACUGCCUGAUGGGCAUCCGCGGCACCGUGCGGCGCUCCACGGACGGCGACUUCAUCCACGCCAACGUGGACAUCGACUUGCUGAUGGCCGAGGAGUCGGACGACAUCGCGUGCGAGAAGCCGGAGGAGAUCUUUCACAUCGUGGAGCACUUCUGCCUCGGACGUCGGAGGCUUCACCUGUUUGGGCGGGACUCCACUAUCAGGCCUGGCUGGGUGACGGUCGGGCCGGGCCUCACCAACUCGAACUACUCACCGGAGGUCUACAAUGGCUGUUUCAACUCGCCUCACCAGCUAUCGCACCUCACAGGUUGCUCUGAGGAAAUCGAGCGCCUGAGGCCGAAGUCCCCUCCUCCCAAGAACAAGGGCCCUGGUGGAGGAGGUGGAGGAGGUGGUGGAGGAGGUGG